AUGACAGCACUCUCUGUAAAAGCUAACUUGCAUAACCACGAGCAUGCUGCAUGUUCAGACACCGGCUCAACUGCUGGAGAAAAACACUUUAGUUGUUCAUACUGCUCCAAGACCUUCUCUCAAAAGGUAUUUCUUCGCAACCAUGAAUUGACCCACACUGGAGUCAAGCCCCACCAGUGUCCUUCUUGCCCCAAGGCAUUUGCCCAGAAGGUCCACCUUAAAGUGCACUCGCGCAUUCACUCCGGAGAAAAGCCCUACAGCUGCUCAUAUUGUCACAAGGCUUUUGCCCAGCGUGACCAUUUGAAUAACCAUGAACGCGUGCACACUGGGGAGAAGCCUUUCCACUGUACCUUUUGCUGCAAGGCAUUUGCCCAGCGUUCUCACCUGCGCAAUCACCUAAGGACUCACACAGGUGAGAGACCCUAUUCAUGUUUCCAAUGCGAUAAGUCAUUUGCCCAGAAGGCUCACCUGACAAUCCAUCAGAGAACCCACUCGGGUGAGAAGCCUUUUACUUGUGCUGUAUGUGGCAAGAGCUUCCCCCAGAGGGUGCAUAUGAAGAAACAUGAACGCAGCCAUUGGAGCGAAGAACUGGCUAAAGCCGGGGUCAGUUUGGACAGCCCUCCUCCCAGUUAUAAGCAACAAUCGCAGCAGCAGCAGCCGCCUCCUCAGCAGCAUCGCCACCACCAUGCACCUCCUCCCCCACCUUCUCCAUCACCGCCUCUGUCCUGUGGCUGCAACUGCAGUUGUAUGUCACCACCACUCUCUCCUUGUGGAAUGUCAUCAAGCCACCAACCGAUGUCCAACAGACUGUCGACCAUCUCACCAGCAUCAAUGGCAGCAAUAUGUCCUCACCAGAUGUCCCAGCGAUCGCCCCCUCCGAUGAUGAGUUCUCCUUGCUCACAGAGAGGGGACAACGGCUACAGCUGUUCCAGGUCCUACCCUGUGUCUCCCAAGUGGUCUUCCUCCUGUGGCAGUUCCUGUGGUAUGAAGCCGUUAAAGCAUGGCAUCUCGCAGAGGUCAUGA